CAGUGUAUAAUUUCACCACAAUAAAUGAGGAAGUUACAUUUUAAAAUACGAGAUAUAUUGUGACCUACAGUCAAGUAAAAUAUUGAAUACAACUGACUAUUUACGUUUGUGUAUUCAUACUUACUAAUGAACAUGCAGAUGAGCCAGCAAUGUACCAUUUGUUUGUACGGAAUUUUGUGAAGCUUAGGUAUCCAAUACAAACAAGUUACAGUUUUGGAUUUUCUAUUCGAACCAAUCUAGAUGAAACAACUAUUGACUUGAAAAAUUUACAUGAAAUCGACUUGGUAUAAAAUAGAUGGAAUACGGCGUCUUAGUAUUUUAAUAACUAAACAAACCGGCAGUGCAUAAAAAUGCCUACAGAUCAAAGAUUAAACAUUAUUCUCGUUUUGAUUUUAUGUAUCAACAGCAAAGUUUUGGCAAAACCAUUUUUUGAAGAUAGUCACUUAAAUGAUUUCAUCAACUCCAGAAAGCUUCCUGAAGAUGGCUUCAAUGAGUUUGAGUUGACAUCAGUCCAAGAAGUUUCAAAUUCACAUCAGCAGAGCCUAGAUGUUUCAUCAAUCCAUCGACGAAGACGAUCAGUAGACUCUACAGAAUCAUAUGAUAUUGACAUAUCUGCAUUUGGGGAAUCUUACAAAAUGACUCUUCAGCAUACCAAGUCGGUACUUCACCCUUCGGCUAAAGUUUCCAUAAUAACUGAUGAAGAAAAAACGGAAUGGAAUGGAGAACAUCCGGAAUGUUUUCUAAUUGGAAAUGUCCAUUCCCAUGAUGGAACUGUCUCAGCAUCAUUUUGCGAAGAAUUGCGAGGAAUGAUGUCAACUAGUGACCAUGAACUUCACUUUGAAGUUUUGCCACAUCAUAUUCGAAAACGGAGUUCAUUAAAGAGUGAACAACAUACAACACUUAUAGCCAGAAAACGACGAGAAGAUUUUAUGUUCUCAGAUUUUAGCCAAAAAAACGAUGACGCUCAUAUUUAUCAAACGGAAUAUAACCAUGAAAAAAUAAAUAAACGGUCAGUACCUUCAUCUGACUUAACAAUAGAAUUGGCAGUGUAUUGUGAUGCGGACUUCUUGUCUUAUAAAUUACCAGCUACUGACAUGACCCGCAGAGUUGAAAUCAUGCUUUGCAAGUAUAAUGCAGUGCAGUGUGAAUGGAGUCGUGCUGGUGUGUUAAAUUAUAACGUCACUCUAUCAAUCAAACUUAUGUCGUUUUUUGAUACAAACCCGUCCUGGUACAAUGCUUCAACUUCUCUGUCCGUUCCAUUGAAAACUAUAUGUACGGGAACUCAAACCGGUCUGGCUUACGAUCAUGUACAUGUUCACACAGGCAUACCUAAUUCAGAAUUGGGAGGAUUAGCUUACCAAAGUACAGUAUGCAAUCCUAGGUACAGAUGUGGUGUUUCUGCAGAUGGGAUUACAACAUAUGUUGCUACAGUCCAUGAAAUAGGUCAUAAUAUGGGUAUGCUGCAUGAUGCUGAUAGAAAUUGUUUAUCUCCAGACGUUGGUUUAAUGGGUGGUGCUGGCGUCGGAUGGAGUACAUGUAGUGUCAAUGAUAUGAACACAAUGUUACAAACUGGCAAUCAUGGGUGUCUAUGGACUGACAAUAUUGCUGAUAAUGAAGUCACUCCAGCAUCUUUACAGGGACUGACAUUAGUGCCAGAACUUAUAGGUCAGUUGAAGACAGCAGAUGAAGUAUGUGAACAAAUAUACGGAAGUGGAUUUAGAUACCGUGAAUAUCCGAAUGUUGUGGACCCUUCUUGUAACCUGUAUAGCUGUGUUGAUCAUAACGUUGGGAAUACACAUGGUCAAAUGUUCAAGCAGUCUGAUUCUAUUACCGGUCUAUACUGUGAAGAUCAAAAGAUCUGCUUUCGCGGUGGGUGUGCUGAUUGGUCUGAAGCUCAAUUAACUAAUCCUGAAGUGCGGGUAGGUGGGUGGUCAGAUUGGGAAACCUGGACGACCUGUUCCCGGACAUGUGGACGAGGAAUGAUUUACAGACGAAGAAUAUGUAAUAACCCAACUCCAAAAAACAGUGCAAAUUGCGAGGGAAACGAAUACGAAGCUCAAGGCUGCAGUCUUACGCCAUGCGAUGGGGACAGUAGCACAGAUUCUAUUCUUAUAAUACAAAGAGCAAACGAGACAUGCCAAAGACUAAUUGAUAACAACAUCAUUAAUGAAACAGAAUAUACAGCUUCAGGAACUAUUUACUCAUCAUUAAACCAUGGUGUAUGUGAAGUUUUUUGUGAAUCAACUCCCGGGUAUACCAGACCUGAUUUUACAAGAUUUGGAUUGAUAGAAAAUGGUACGCCGUGUCCUGGAACCUUAGAUACAGCUGAUGCGAAUCAAUAUUCCCGACGCCCAGGGUUUUAUUCUGCUUGCUUAGAGGGUUAUUGUCAGAGAUUCGACUGUUCCAAUACACUUAAUUCUGGUGUAUUUGAUGGAUGUGGCGUGUGUAAUGGUGACAAUAGUACAUGUUUAAUCCGAGAAGGAACUUUUACUGAUGAUGUGGCGCAAUGGACACGAAUAGAGUGGACACAAAUUCCUGUUGGUGCAUAUAACAUUGAAAUAUCAUUUGUAUGGAACGAUAUGAAGCAGUAUUAUACAGAAAUAUUUACUGAAGAAGGGGAUCCAAUUAUAACAAGCAGCAUAGGCGGUGAUUCAAGAAUAUUUCAAACUAAAGACAGUCCGGUCAGUUAUGGCGGAACUCUGUGGCAUAAUGAUGCUUAUGUUGCGAUAAUGCAUGCCGAAGGACCAUUGACACAUCCGGUGAUAGUGAAGGUGUACAGUUUUGCAUCGAACAGUAAUACUGGAAUGAAGUAUGUUUAUUCUGUGCCCAUCACCACUACAACAGAUAGUGUGACAACAAACAAAAUGACAACAGCAGCACUGACAACCACUCCAAUGACCACAACAACCGUCAAAACAACUGAGACAGCAACUGUUGCUAUCGCAACAAAUGAUGGGGAAGAUUCUACACAAGCACAUAUGACAUUUGCCACAGAACCCAUUGAAACAACAACCAUAGAAAAGAUAAAUGAUGUGACAACAGUAGAAGCAACAAAUACAAACGCAACAACAGAAACAACACUUACUUUUAAUUCUACAACAGAUAGUGUGACAACAAACAAAAUGACAACAGCAGCACUGACAACCACUCCAAUGACCACAACAACCGUCAAAACAACUGAGACAGCAACUGUUGCUAUCGCAACAAAUGAUGGGGAAGAUUCUACACAAGCACAUAUGACAUUUGCCACAGAACCCAUUGAAACAACAACCAUGGAAAAGAUAAAUGAUGUGACAACAGUAGAAGCAACAAAUACAAACGCAACAACAGAAACAACACUUACUUUUAAUUUGAUAUACGUGUAUGCAUUUAGUGGAUUUCUGGUAUUAGUAGUAUUGAUUACAAUAGUAGUUCUGAUAAUAUACAGGAAGAAAAUGAAAAAUGCUGUCAGGACCAUCACCGUCAAAAGUUUGCACAAUGAUAUGAAAGAUCCAUUUUUUAUCAAAAGAAAAUGACUAAAGGCUCGUGUUUGCAAUAUGAUUUUUUUAUGUAUGUAACACUAUUAUUCGUUCUAACUGAAAGUGUAUUUCUUACUUGUACUAUUAUAAUUACUCUAUAUUUAACAUUUUCAUAUCUAGAACUACACAAUGUCUCAUCUGAACAAAUAGAAAGGCAUUUCCAUACAAGAUAUCUUAUUACUUGCAUCCAAAUAAAUGUAUUAUUGUUAAGUUUGAGUACGUUUGUAUAUUUGUGGAAUUUUUCUCAUACUGAAUGUUAUUUUACUUAUUUUUUAUUUUUUUAUUAAAGUUCUUUAUGAAUGU